CAUUUGUUUACUCAGCAGGAAUGAUACUGCAAUGGAGAAUUCACGUGUCGAGGUUUAGCUUCAAUGCGACACAAAGAGGUGAUAACAAUUUAUUGAAUUUAUGCGGUUGACAAGUGGAAAUGAGGAAGUCAAGUGGGUUCAGCUACUCUUGGCAGAGCUGAUUAUGGUGCCAAUAGUGAUUACUUUACCCCACGAUAAAUAAACUAUUGGAUUAAUCAUUCGCAGGUGUGAAACACUCGACGAACUUACCACUUUCGACGAGCAAAUGACAUUCAACUUAAUUGGGUACCAUAAUGAGUGUUCACUCACUGAUUUCUGAUAAGACAUUCCCCAACAAUAAUUUUGUGCUUUUGCAAACGUCAGAUUACCCAAAGACAUGAACAAAUUACCAAGAACCUUGACUUUGCAACCGUUGAGGAUUCGUCAUGCACUCGUAUCGUCAUGUUGGAUGCUCAUCAUGUUUACGACCUGAAAACAGUUGCGUAAGACAUCAGCAUAGCUCGAUCCCUUUCUCAGACGCAAGUUAAAUUAGUCUGCUCAACGGUUGCUGAUUCAUUAGUCAGAUUGACGCGUGAACAAUUUGCUAUCGUCAUCGUUGCCAAUUUCCGGGGAAUCGUUUGAUGAAUUUUUACGAGCUUUUGAUGGAGGUGGUUCGUCAAUUUGUCCUCAUCAUGGGUCAGUUUAAUAGGGCUGAUUAUAUCGUUUGGAGUUUAUCUUUGUUGAAGAACUUUAGCAGUUUUCUGAUAACGAAAUUGUUAUCAACGAACGAUAAUUCGGACCACGCACCAGGAGACUAGCUUGGGUUUUACUCCAGGAGAGGUCAGGAGUGUCUAGACAACCAAUUAUUAAUAGACCACAACAAUUUUUUAAAUUUUUCUCUGGAUAAUUGUCUGUCAUCCUCUUUAAUUAGCGGAUCUGAAUGUCCUCGAGGGAUAAAAACGAAGGGAUUCCCCUAAAUGCACCAGGAAUGUCUCUAAUGUUAAGAAACUACACCCAUAAAAUCCUUAAUCCUUUCAAUCAACAAAACUCAUUAAAAGAAGAAGCGACCUCGAUACCUCGUGCCCUAAAAAAUACGCCACACAUCCAGAGAAAGCGUUCGCGUUUGGAUAGCAGGUCAUCAGAGCACUCGGUCAAAAAACAGAGAAAGUGAAACUCACUAACUCCACAGAAAUCUCGUUCACGAGGUCAUCGAGAGUAGAAUCAGGGUUUAACUGAAAGUGAGAGUGAUCCCGAGGUCAUUGGACUUCUCCCCAGCUUUCACAAGCUGUCAAGGUCAAGCGUGGUUGGUAUGAGACCAGUGGAAGACAGCAUCACCUUCUCCAGCUGGAAUGAUUUAGCUGAAAAAUAUCCAAUUAUCGAUUUCUUAUCGAAUAUGUCGAUCAGUUCUGAACGACGAGGAUUCAAAGUCUCUAUCAAUGUACCAUCCUUCAGAAAAAAACGUUAUCUUGAUUCAUUGAUAUGAUUUGGAUCGAAUACCGAGUGCCUGCUGGUGGGCAAAAAAUGUCGAUUAAGAGAAGACCACUGAGAUCAAAGUAGACUGGGCAAUCGACCAGUGGUACGUUUCAUAAAUGAACAGAUAAGAUACGAGUUACGUGUAAUAAAAAUUCGUCGGUGGGCUAUUUCCUCAUUAAACGAUUACAGUCUUUCCUGAGGAGAUAGCAGAAAAAAAUACGAAUUCCUGGAAAUUUUUUGGCCAGAGUUAUCAAUUUUUUUGGAAACUUCAAAUCCAUUGCUAUUGUUUAUCAUCACGUGAAGAUACAUGUGCUUUCAUUUUGGUAAUAAUAGGACAACAAUUAAUUAGAGUUUAAAUUAAGCUCUUCAACUGCACGCGAAAUUAUGAUUUUUUGGAGUGCAGUGAUUGUUUUGGUAGCUCUGGGGGCUCAAGUUCAAAGUCACGAGGAUGUGGUGAAUUCUGAACUUGAAGGGGAAGGCUUUAUUUCUGAGAUGAAACAAAUAACGGAAGUCGACCUUAACGACCUCUUCGACAAAGCCCUUCCAUUGAUCCAGGAGACAAUUAUCACGACAGGCUUGGACCCCCUCAGUAUGCCAGACCAAAUCCUAUCCGCUGGUUACAUUCCAGGAUUGAAUCCAAAGAUCCAGUUACAACGUGGCUGGGUCCAGCAGGGCUCGACGAUCCGGAGAAAUGGGGAUGUUAUCGUUCGAUACAGCAAUAAAGUUAUAGAUUUCGAUGCUGCACUCAGCUGGGAUCACUUAGACGUGACCUAUGCCUACACCUUACGCUACCUCCUCCUGACCCGGAAGGGCGACUUCGACGGUCGUUUUGAUGACGUCAAGGUCCAAGUAAUCGGUUCUUUCAACAUCAACACUCGGAAAAUUAAGCUACGAUUCUUGAAAAUCACUGACAUCGGACGCUUUUCACUGAAGAUACACGGCCACCUACUCGAUCACGUUCUAAAUGCUCUCGGAAAAGUUGUCAGCGUCUUCUGCAGAGAUUUGCUCGUUCGCGAAAUUGAGUACAGAUUUGAGUUGGGACUUCAGGAGAAGAUCAAAGAGAUCAAUGACUUGAUACCAGAGCCAUACGGGCUGUUUAUUCAACUACCCCCGGAGGAGUUGGAAGCUGAUGCCGUAAAUGUUCAUUAUCGAGUUAGGGCUGAUAACUUUAAUCAAGUGAUUAUGUAGAAAUUAUGUAAUUUUUUGGAAAUAAAUAAUUAUGGUUAAUAGACA